GGCGCGGUCAGAACCGAGGUGGCGGCGCAGGUGGAUACGGAUUGAGGGCCUGAGGCCGAGACCCAAGGGGAUGCUGCCCAUCACAGGACAUGUGCUGCGCCUUCUGGGACUGGAGAAGACCACCUUCCGCUUGUAUGCCCUGUCUGUGCUCCUGCUCUCCCUGCUCUUCUUCCUCUUCCGCCUGCUGCUGCGGUUCCUGAGGCUCUGCUGGCGCUUCCGCGUCACCUGCCGCCGGCUGCGCUGCUUCCCGCAGCCGCCCGGGGGCAGCUGGCUGCUGGGCCACCUGAACACGUAUCUCCCGAAUGAGACGGGCCUCCAGAAUGAGAAGAAGGUGCUGGACAACAUGCACCAUGUAAUUCUGGUGUGGAUUGGACCUGUCCUGCCACUCUUGGUUCUGGUGCACCCUGACUACAUCAAACCCCUUUUGGGAGCUUCAGCUGCCAUUGCCCCCAAGGAUGACCUUUUCUAUGGCUUCCUGAAACCUUGGCUGGGAGAUGGGCUGCUGCUCAGCAAAGGUGACAAGUGGAGCCGGCACCGCCGCCUGCUGACACCUGCCUUCCACUUUGACAUCCUGAAGCCCUACAUGAAGACAUUCAACCAGUGCACCAACAUCAUGCAUGCUAAAUGGCGGCGCCUGGCAGAGGGUCCAGUGGUCUCCCUUGACAUGUUUGAGCAUGUCAGCCUCAUGACCCUGGACAGUCUUCAGAAAUGUGUCUUCAGCUACAAUAGCAACUGCCAAGAGAAGAUGAGUGAUUACAUCUCAGCCAUCAUUGAACUGAGCGCACUGGCGGUCCGACGCCAGUAUCGCCUGCACCACUACAUUGACUUUAUCUACUACUGCACAGCAGAUGGGCAGCGUUUUCGUCAUGCCUGUGACACCGUGCACCGCUUCACCACGGAGGUCAUCCAGGAGCGGCGGCGGGCACUACGCCAGCAGGGGGCUGAGGCCUGGCUCAAGUCCAAGCAGGGCAAGACCUUGGAUUUCAUCGAUGUGUUGCUCCUGGCUAAGGAUGAAGAUGGAAAGGAACUGACAGAUGAAGACAUCCGAGCUGAGGCGGACACCUUUAUGUUUGAGGGUCAUGACACAACAUCCAGCGGGCUCUCGUGGGUAUUGUUUAACUUGGCCAAGUACCCAGAGUACCAGGAGAAGUGCCGGGAAGAGAUCCAGGAAGUCAUGAAAGGCCGGGAGCUGGAGGAGCUGGAGUGGGAUGACCUGGCUCUGCUGCCCUUCACCACUAUGUGCAUCAAGGAGAGCCUACGCCAGUUCCCACCUGUGACCCUGGUCUCCCGCCGCUGCACAGAGGACAUCAAGCUCCCAGAUGGGCGGAUCAUCCCCAAAGGAAUCAUCUGCCUGGUCAGCAUCUAUGGAACCCACCACAACCCCAUAGUGUGGCCUGACUCCAAGGUGUACAACCCCUAUCGCUUUGACCCGGAAAACCCACAGCAGCGCUCCCCGCUGGCCUUUGUGCCCUUCUCCGCAGGCCCCAGGAAUUGCAUCGGCCAGAGUUUCGCCAUGGCCGAGAUGCGCGUGGCAGUAGCGCUGACGCUACUGCGCUUCCGCCUGAGCGUGGACCGAACACGCAAAGUGCGGCGGAAGCCGGAACUCAUCCUGCGCACCGAGAACGGCAUCUGGCUCAACGUGGAGUCUCUAUCUCCACAGGCCUGA